AGCGAUGCGUCAGCUCAUCUACAUCAGUGUUACUCUGCUUUUGGCCUCUGCUAAAGGACAGAGGGCCAUUAAAUCGAUUCUUACGGUUCCUAAUGGGGCACGCUGGGGUGACUGGGGUGAGGCAGAAAUGUGUCCAACAAACUAUUACGCUGCAGGUUUCAGUCUAAAGGUUGAGGGUCCAAUUGGGGAUGGAGAUGACACUGCUCUGAAUGGGAUUCGCCUUUUCUGCAUUAAUAAAGGUGCAUCAGCACCUAAUCCAGACUUUGCUGUGGUCAAAUCUGACACAGGGAGCUGGGGGACAUGGACGGACCCUAAAUGGUGCAAGGCUGGGAGGCUGAUGAGCUUCCAGUUGUUUGUAGAACCUCCUCAAGGAAAUGGUGAUGACACCGCUGCCAACAACAUAAUGUUCCUGUGCAGUGGAGGUGACGAGGUCGUUGGCAGCGGCUUGGCCUGGGGCUCCUGGGGCGGCUGGAGUAAGUGCUGCACAGGAACAGGAAUCUGUGGCAUCCAGACAAAAGUUGAGAGACCCCAGGGCUCAGGAGACGAUACUGCUCUGAACGAUGUCCGUUUCCUCUGCUGUGAUUAAGAUGCUGAUUAGUACUGAUCCACACAAAAUGCAAAAGAAGAGAAGAGAUAGAAGAGAAUCAUCUGUUUCUAUCUCUUUGUCUCUCUCUCUAUUUUUCUAUUUCUCUUUAAAUGAUUAGUGGAAGUUAUUUUCUUUUUCUUUUUGAAUUCUAGUUAAUCAGUUAAUAUGCAUCACUAGCUACAUCUCCAUUCAACAGAUCAAACAGAAUUUCUUAGCACAUAAAAAUGCUUUUUUACACAGAAAUGUUUUGUAAUAUUUAAAAGAAAACGUGUUCUGUUCAACUUUAGUUGAAUAUUUGAUCAAUAGAAUGUUUUAUAAGCCUGGAUUAGAAAUCUUUAUUUUGUGCCUCUAACACCAAACACAGUUAGCGCUUUACACUGUAUAGUAGCUACUUAAGUGUAUUCCACUCUGUUCACUUUUUUGUACCUGGUAAGUGGUUAGUGUUUUAAACCUGACUAAUUAAUUAAAUUAAUUAGUCAGUUCAAUUCAAUUCAACAAAAUACUAUAAAAAAAUGAUUACAAAUAAUACAUCAUUAAUAUAAUUGCAUUUACCACUCAAAAUCACUCUGGAACAGGAAUAUCCACCAUUUUAACUAUGGGUGUUGUCACACCAGCACUAUUUAAUCCAUAAUUAUAAUAAUGGGCUCUGGUUUAAUGGUUUGUUUUCACGCUUGAUGCAGUUCAUUUCGGCAGGUGUGAACAACAGUAAUCACACUGGGGUGCAGACCAGAGAGGAGGUGGUCUUAAACUAGUCCCAAGCAAACUCUAAAGGUGUUUAUUUGAUACGACCCAUGACUGUUCAGGUGCAGUUUAGCCUGAUUAUUACUAAAAUAAUUGCGAAUAUUGCAAAUAUAGACUUAUGCCAUCACUGCUGCUGCUCCAUGUUAAAUUGCUACUUUGAAACACAGGACCUUCUUCCUGUAUUUAUUUUCAAGCUAUUACCGCGGAAAGCCCUGAUCACUAAGUGGAGAGAAUGCGCUCUUUCGGUUUUCCUUGUGUGAAACCAAAUCAUACCAAACCAUGACACACUUCCAGGAGCUGUGCAACAUCAACUCUGUAUAGUAUGAAGUUCAUCUUGGAGACAAUUGUUUUUCACACAAAGGUUUACAUACAGAAAAUCUUGCUGAACAGCUUUGACAGUUUUGGCCUCCGUAUGCAAAUACUACCUGGCUAGUGACCCCAGACAAUUUGAGUUUGAGACCCCUGCACUAGACGAUCAAUUUCCAACAAGAUUACAAAAUGUUUCUGACAAGCAAAAAAGAAAACAACAACCAAAAAUAUUAUAAAUAUAUAUACAUCUAAAAGAUGUUCUAAAAUAAUAACAUCUGUCACACAUGAUCUCCUAUAGAGCUCCCAUAUACACUUUGUAAUUAUUAGGAGAACAAAAGUACGUCAAACUAUCAACAUCCCACAGGUCAGGCCUUGGUCCCAUAGGAUUAAAUGCAUUUUCAUUUUGUUUUGCAUUAAAGGUUGAUGGAAAUGUAGCUACUGACUGCUUCUUGCAGAUUACAACUAUACAGGGUGUUUAAAGGUAAUCCAUUCUUUCAGUUUCCUGCAUCGUUAUUUUUAUCAUGUUUUUCUUGAUCAUAACAUUAUCAUAUG